AUGGCCGCCUCAGGUGGAAGCCGCUGGGAAUGGGAGCCGGUGGUCCGCAGCGACCUCUUGGCUCGGGGCUUCCAUUCCUGCAACGUGGUGCAAGGAAAGCUCCUGAUCUUUGGGGGGCUGAAGACCCAGGACACUCAGGAGCCCCCCAUGGGAGACGUGGUGACCUUUGACCCAUCCACCCAGACGGUGCACACGCUUGCUCCGGAACACGGCUACCAUCGCAGUCACCACGAGGCGGUGGUGCUGGGCGACCGCUUGCUGUGUGUGGUAGGUGGAUGGGAUGGAUCCCACAGGGUCUCGGAUGUCUGCAGUUUCGAUGCGGAGCAGAAGCAGUGGGAAGGCUGGACAGCCAGAACAUCUGAGACCCCCGUGGGGCUGAGUAGCCAUACCUGCACCCAGCUGACAGAGCAUGAAUUGCUGGUGGUGGGCCGGGAGGGUGGCCUACGCACCCAGCGGCGUUAUGCCAGCAUCUUCACGUUGCACCUGCAGCCUAGCAACAAGACGUACUGGUACAAAGAGGAGGAAUCACGGACAGCCUCUCGAGCCGGCCACUCUGCCAUGCUGCUGCAGGACUAUGGCCCACGCGGGAAAAGCAGCGGCUACAAACUCCUGGUCUUUGGAGGGCGCGAUUCUGCGGACUGUGACAUGGCCGGACAUUGGAGCAAAGGGAAGCUCCACGUCGAGUCCGCCCAGGCCCUGGAGCUGACCGAGCAGCUCUCUCGCUUGGUGGGCACUGAAAGGGGGUCACAGCAGGGCCCCAAAGGCCUGAGGCACCAUUCCUGCACGGUGGUCGGGCCCUUUGCGAUCAUUUUUGGGGGAGAGACCUUGGCGAGGGGCCGAGACGCCGUCUGCAAUGAUCUUUAUAUCUAUGAUGCCAGAGCGUCACCAGCAAACUGGUUCCACUUCCCUUCUUCUACCCACGUGCAGAAGAGAUGCGGCCACCGAACGUGCCUCUGGGACGACAAGCUCUACCUGGUGGGAGGGUUUGGAGCCGAUGGGAAGACCCCUUGUCCGGAGAUCUGCAGCUUAAAGAUCUUGCCAUGAAACUGAGGAUUUUGCUGACCAGCUGGGACCACCAAAUGCUUCUCC